GUAGUACAUUGUUAAAGCAGUUGUACAUAUUGAAAAUAUUUCAUCAUUAUGAUGUACGUUAAAUUAGCGGUCAUCUUCAUUCUUGGAAUCUUUUACCUUGAAGAGAUCCAUGGACAUGGGAUGCUUAUGGAACCCGUGAAUAGAGGAAGUGCGUGGAGAAAAGGAUUCAAAACACCCGUCAACUAUGACGAUGACGGAAACUAUUGCGGAGGUUUAUUUGUAAGUGUGCAUAUAGAUAACGGUGGCAAAUGCGGUCUUUGUGGCGAUGAUUACAGACUGCCACCACCCAGAGCCAAUGAAAAUGGUGGGAAAUAUGGAACUGGUACUAUUGUAAAAACCUACAAACAAGGACAAUUGAUUGAAUUAGUGACUAGAAUUACCGCGAACCAUAGAGGUUUCGUUCGGUAUUCUGUUUGCCCACUGAAUCACGGAAAAGAACUGGAAACUGAAGAGUGUUUCGCUAAGUAUCCUCUGAAAAUGGAAGAUGGUACCGAUAGAUAUGUAUUAAACAGUUCCAACACCGGCGAUUAUACAAUGUAUGCCUAUUUGCCCAAAGAUCUUACUUGUCAGCACUGUGUUCUCAGAUGGGAAUAUGUUGCUGGAAAUAAUUGGGGCAAAUGUAAAGAUGGUACACACAAUCAAGGCUGCGGACCUCAAGAAACUUUUAAAUCUUGUUCCGAUAUUUCUAUUGUGUAAUUAUUUUUUAACAGAAACUAUAUAUCUUAAUUUGUACAUUGCUCUACAAAAAAACACACAUAAUUCUAUGCAAAGUUACAUCUAAUAAGCUUCAAUAAUUUAC